AGAGCCAAUCAGACGCAGCUUUCUCUCCAGUCCCGUUACCUGAGCUAGGGAGUUUUUUUUUUUUUUUUUUACUAUUAACUUUAUAGUUCAAGUGACAAUAUUAACACUGCAGAAGUAGCUCACGUUUAACGGACCGAAUGGGUUGAUGGCUGGAUAUGUGACAACGACAUGGCGUGGGACAAACAGUGGGUUGUAGAAGGCAGUGAAUUAAGAAUGGAUGCUUCAACCUCAACGAAAACCGCACUGCAAUGUUCAGAGCAUUCUGCAGAACUUUGUAAUAAGGCAGCUCCCAGUGAAAGAAUAUCAAAUAACAGUGGCACAGUCACCCCAGAGAAAUGUUCACCACCUUCUGCCCUGCAGACAUCGUUAAUGAGAGAUUUCUGUGGCGGAGAGCAGACUGAUCAAGAGCCAAGAAGGAACAGUGAGAUUCAGUGGUUACAAUUAUUUCAGCUGGUUGAAAAACAAUGUCAGGAGCAGAUCGUUGCCCAACAGGAGCAAUUUAAUUGCCAGAUCCAGGUCAUACGUGAUGAAAUUAAGCAUUUAAUCCAGUUACAGAGUGGUGGAUCUCCUCGGAUUAUUAGCACAGGAGAUGCUAGUUUAUCUAUGGCAGGCAGUGCUAAUCCUCGAACAAUUCGUGGUGGGCCGCAAUCAAGACACCAAGAAACCACGGACAAAAUAUCCAGCUCAUUAUCUCAUAGUGGAGAUGGAAAGCAACAGAAAGCUUUUAUCACACAGCAGCAAUUUGUAGAAAACACCUCGGUCAGCAGUGGCUAUGGAACACAUUCUGUCUCUGAGGCCAACACAGGUUUAAGCAGCUAUAGCCAAAAUACCUCAAGGGAGAACCAAUUACCUACACAACAUACUUUCAAAGAAAGUAAGGCCCAGCCUUUGACUCACAACUUAAUUCAGGCUCCUGAAGAAAUUGUAAGGGAUUUUAUUCAGGGUUCAGGUAAACAAUGGCAACUGUCACUCCAUGAUAACACUUCCAAAGACUCCACAAUUACACCAGAACACACAAGAGACCAUCUAUCAUGUGAUCAAAGUACAUCCAUUGAAAAUGAUGGAUUAAAUAGCAAACCAUUAACAACCUGGGCUCAAAAGCUAAAAAAUAAUCAUAAGAAAAGUAACCAAAAAGAUCUGGUGUCUCCCCAAACUUCUCAGGCAAGACCAGAGGCUGAGACAUUGAAUCAGAACAAAAACACUGAUGGCUUUUCAAACACAUUUUAUCUCAAUAACCGCUCCGAGAGUACAAACUCCUUAUUUUCUGCUGGGUCUGGUUUUACGUACUGGAAAAUGGAUGAGAAGGAGAUGUACCACCCCUUACCAGAAAACUUUGGAAGGUUCUCUAUCAAAGAGCCUGACGAAGUUGGGAUCCCAUCACUAACUGAUAUUUAUCAACAAAAGCAAAGAGAAUAUCCUGCCUGGAAACCAUUGUCACCCUCUGAAUACACCCAUCCACCAGAGGUGCUGACACUGGAUCCAACUCUACACAGAAAGCCACAGCACAGUUCCUUUAUUUCUAAACCUAACCUCCAAAAUACACAGAACAACAUCAUCUCCAUGACUCCGGAUUCAAUAUUGGAGAAUUCUUCUUCUUUUAUCCAUUAUGAUGCACAUUCCCUGUCUAGUGCGGCUUCUGCACCAUCUUUGGGUGAAUCUCCGACCUGUUCUCCUAUGGGUGAUCAACAGUGGGAAGUUAACAAAUACCAAAAUCGUGUCAAUCUGAGCUAUGAACUGUCUCCAGGAGAUGGUAGCUGUGAUGAGAGGAUGCUGUGUACAGACGAUGAUGUAAACAGUUUAACCCCUUCUUCGAUGCCUGAGUCCCCUUUGCCUUUUACUGAGGAGAAUAUGAGUGAAUCCAAUCGAAUUCAUCCUCUAACUCUUUCUAACAUCAGGCGAAGUUUAAGAGAGAAGCACUCCAGACAUCUGUCAGAUUUGCGGGAUUACUAUGAGUCAGAGAUCAGCAACUUAAAGCAGCAGAUAAUUGCCAAUGCCAAAUCCUCUUCUACUGAAGAUGUCAAGAAAAUCACCAGCUUAUCAGAACGAUGUGACCAUAUGGAAAGCGCAUUGACAGAAGCCAGCAAACGAAUUAGAAUACUUGAAAUCAAAAACAAUGAACUGGAACAGUUAUUGAUUGAAUGGAAGGAACGGUACCAUGUCGCAAACAAGAAUUGUAAUGUUUUCCAAGAACAAAUGGAGGAAAUGAGAACUGGAUUCAAAGACAGAGAGAACGCAAUCAGCAGACUGCAAUCUAAACUUAAAGAUACAGAAGAGGCGCUCCAGAAAGCCUUUAGAUUGUCGGAUGAUAAAGAUACAAGAAUAAAAGAAGAACAUAAAAGGUUUCAAGAUCUUUUGUCUGAAUACCAAUCACUUGGAAAGGAACAUGAAAGAGUAAAGGAUACAUUGUGUGUAACAGAGAGUAAAUUGUGCCAUGCACAUGCUGAAAUACAUGAGCUGAAAAGAUCUGUUUCGAAGCUAGAAGCGCAGAUCAAACAACUGGAGCAUGAAAACACUGUGAAACUUCGUCAUGUCGCUGAAAGCCAAUUACUCCAGUCCAAUGCCAAUCAUGAAGUGAUUCACACCUUGCGUUCCAUGGACGUGGCAAAGCGGAAAUGCCUUACUCCUGGUGCUGCUUGUUCAAUCUUCACUGGACAGCCUCUAGAUAACAAGGACAGUGACAUUGAAAACAGGAAGGAGACCACGAAUGAACCAGACAGGUACAAUUCUCCACCAGAAAAAGAUACCUCAUUUGAUAAUGUCUCAGAAAUGUCUAAGACAAAAGAGAUCAGAAGUCAGGAAAGUCCCAUUCUGAAAGCACUGAGGGAUUUUGAAGAAGAAAAAGUAUUAACAACUUGGAGAAGUCAAACAGAAAAACAGAAUGCUGCUCAUAAACUAUCUAGUAGGAGACAAACUGUUGGCUUCAAUGACUGUUGGAGCCCACAUGGAUCACCAGAAAAUCAGAAAAGUAGGCAAAGACGAAUGAAUUCUCCUUCUGGGCCAAGAUCAUCUUCUGUCCCACCUGCGAACAGAAAGCCAACUGCAAUCACCACUCCAACAAAGCGUGAAUUGAUGCUAACCCCAGUGUCUGUGAAAUACAGCCCAAAACGAUCGCCUAGAGAGAAUCUAUCACCAGGUUUGACUCAACUAUUAUGCAGUGAUGAAAACCCAAUGACAAGGUUUGACGUUGUUUGGGAUGGUUCGGCUACAUAUAAAGAUCCCAGUCCUAGGAAGAGACUUCAGUUCAUGUCACUGGAUGAGCCAGAAGUGAUACAGAAGAGUAGAAGCGAGUCCCAGCUUCCUCCUUUAGUAGCCCCUUAUGAUACUGAAUUCAUAUACAAUGACAGGAUGAAGACUAUAUCUGACACAGAACGGCUUUUUGAUGAUUUAACGGAAGAAAAGCAACAGAUAGAAGCUGCCCUGAGCCGCAUGCCUAGCUCUGGACAUAGACUGAGUCUGCAAAUGAGAGCAAAGAAGGAAAAUUUGGAAGACCGCCUGGAAAAAGUCAACCGCCACCUGGGGUCAGUCAGGAUGAUCCUGAAAAAAUAUCAUGUUUUACCAAGUUCGGCAAACAUUUAAAACUUUCCAGUAAGACCUUUCACUGGCUGUGUUUUGCACUACCCUGGACAUACGCAGUACAAUGCUAAACGCUAGUAUACCCAGGACCAUGGGCUUCCAAAUCAUGUGCUUUUUAUGACUUUUCUACUUCGCCUGUUUUUGUUUUGUUUUGGUUUUUUUAACACAGAAUUGGAAGUUAAAUGUAAAAAUGUUUUAGUAUUUUUAAGAGGCCAUAUUUUUAAGCUGUAUGGAUCGAUUGUAUGCUAAGUGUAUAUAUAAACCUAUAGAAUGAUAAAUACAUGUGCACUCCUCUCUCUUAUAUUGGUCUUCACAUUAAGAAACACAGUUGAUACAAUGUUUUUAACAGUGCUUCCACAUGGGGAAUAUUUGUUAAAAUUAAGCUUGUGACAAAUGUAUUUUAUGUACUAUAACUAUUUAGAAGUGUUUCAUUUCCAGGCCUAUCCUGCACUUUGUUUUGUUUAUAUUUUAUAAACUGUGCUUUUUAAGAAAGUCAAUGUACUUUUAUUGAAUGAAGAAUGAACACAAUGGAGCAAUAAAUAUUUUUAAAAUGUGUCAAA